AUGCUGGUGCUGUACGUACUUGCGCGGCACCCGUCGCACAACUUCACGUACUCCGCGGCGCUUCUGAAGGAGGCGGCGGAGUGGCACGAUGUGAUUGCGCUGCCGAUGAAUGAGGGGCGCUCCUCUACGAACAAGACGAUCGGCGGCGGCGGCUACUGGGGCAUGGAGGCUGAGAUCGGGCUGAGCCGCAAGGUGUUCCUGUGGUUUGAGUUUGCGGUGCGGCUGUUCCCGAGGGCGAGCUACAUUGCGAAGGGCGACGACGACUCAUUCAUAAGGGUGCCGCAGUACCUCGCCGACCUGCGCACGCUGCCACGCACUGGCGUAUAUUGGGGAAUGAUGUACCACAGGAAACUGUAUAGGGGUGAUGUUAUCGAGAAGUUCUACUAUGCUGUUGGGACAUGUGCCACUCUGUCAAGGGAUGUUGCGGAGAGCUUUGUGUCGUACGAGCCGCUGCAAUUCAUGGUGCGCCUGCCGUACACCAAGGAGCGUGAGGCGGAGUUUGUUGCCUUGAAGAUGUCCCACGAGGACAUGAUGGUUGGAUACAUUUUGUACGAGGCACAGAUCCCAAAUUAUACGCUUGUAAGAGAAAGGCCGUGUCGCUUUCACAAUCUGCGGCAUGGAGGACCUAUUCGACGUGUGACUUGGAGGUCUGUGGUGGUCCACGACACCACCGAGAGUGAGUUCGUUAAGCUGAUGGAUAUCUUUAAGAACGACACUUCGCCCACUGCAAAGCCAUUGAAAAGAAGACGGAAGUAUCUUCUGUUUAAUUGUUGA